UCAUCCUUUCCCUCCCUUCCUUCGCCGUGGUUGCUGGGGGAAUCUGCUGCUGGAGACUUGGAUGGAGAAGGAGCAGGGUGACGGGGGGAUGGAGCACCGGGAGCGAGCCGACCCGCUCUCCGAGGCCGAGAGGGGGAUGAUCCUCAACACCUGGGGACGGGUCUACGAGAACUGCGAGGACGUGGGGGUGUCCAUCCUCAUCAGGUUCUUUGUGAACUUCCCUUCAGCCAAGCAGUACUUCAGCCAGUUCCGGGACAUGGAGGACCCAGAGGAGAUGGAGCGGAGCACGCAGCUGCGGAAACACGCCCGGCGGGUCAUGAACGCCCUCAACACUGUGCUGGAGAACCUCCACGACCCGGACAAGGUGGCUUCCGUCCUGGGAUUGGUCGGCAAGGCGCACGCCAUCAAACACAAAGUGGAUCCCAUGUACUUCAAGAUCCUCAGUGGGGUGAUCCUGGAGGUGCUAACUGAAGACUACCCCGACUGCUUCACCCCAGAGGUGCAAAGAGCUUGGACCAAGCUAAUGGGCGUGGUGUAUUGGCACGUCACAGGGGCCUACGCAGAGGUUGGCUGGGUCCAGUUGUCCAGCUCAGCCGUGUGA